GCAGGAUCUGCGCAAGCGCCUUCUCCUCGCUAUUUAUAGCGUGCCAGCGGGUCAGGAGUCUGGUCGCGGCAGCAGCGAGACGGGAGGUGCCUCUGCACACCCCACACCUCCCCGCUCCGCUGCGCCCUGCGCUGAGCCAGACCAGCUGCAUCGCCGUGUCCUGACCGAAGGCUCCUGGGAUGGCGUAUAGCAAGCAGCACCCCGAGCCUGGCGACCUGAUUGAGAUCAAGCGACAACUUUACCAGCACUGGGCCCUCUACUUGGGGGAUGGAUAUGUCCUCAACGUAACACCUGUAGAUGAAGGGGCCCCAUCUCUGUUGGUGAGCACUGCCUCAAUAUUUACAAGAAAGGCCAAAGUGAAGAAGCAGCUCCUGAAGGAGGUGGUGGGAAAUAAUGACUGGGAGGUCAACAACAAGUAUGACCGCUCCCACACCCCCCUCCCAGUGAAGGAGAUCAUCAAGCGUGCUGAGAGCUACAUUGACACGGAGGUGACCUAUGAUGUGCUCGGCAAAAACUGUGAGCACUUUGUGACAAUGCUCCGCUAUGGCGAGAGUGUCUCUGACCAGGCCAAGAUAGCAAUUGGUAGCAUGCUGGCAGUAGGAGCUGCUGCUGUUGUCUCCACUGUCUUGGUGGGCUUGCUCAGGGGCAGAUCCAGAGAGAAGGAGUACUGACAGCUUGUCAGGAAGAGCUCAGAGCAAGGCAGGGAGCCUCUGGCCGUGGAGGGUUUCUGCCCAGCCUCUGCCGAAACUGCCAUUGGGCCUACUAACAACAGCCACUCUGAAAUAACCAAAUCAAAGCCUUAAUAAAAUCUGAAAAACCACCAAAAUAAUAUUACCGUAAAAUCC